AUGCCCUCCUUAAUACCAAUACUUAUACUGUUGUGCUCCAGGACUUUGGAAGCCUUUUACGGCAUAAUAUCCGAUUGUGAUGAAGUAUACAACUAUUGGGAACCCUUGAAUCUGAUUACAAGGCUGUUUGGCAAGCAAACAUGGGAAUACUCGCCCGAGUAUGCCAUCCGGUCGUACGCUUAUCUGCUGCCUUUCACGGUGUUUAACAAGCCGCUGAGGAUUCUCGCAGCAUUGGUACCAAGUGUACAGAUUCCACCUUACCUACAAUUUUAUCUUGUGAGGCUCGCAAUUGCUCUUUCAACAGCAUCUGCAGAAAUACAUCUGGCAAACACUUUGGCAUACAUCUCGACUGAUGUGGCGAACUGGUUUCUGAUCUUGCAGGCAGUUAACCCUGGCAUGUCCCACGCAUCCAUAAGUCUUCUUCCUAGCUCAUUCAGCAUGCUUUUGACGCUUGUAGCCACUGCAUCUAUUGUCAACUAUCUGAAAUAUGACAGGUUCAUUUUGAAAAUUCAAAACAGCAUUAACGAGAAGCUGCGGUCUUUGGUCAAAGCAAAAACCCCAGAUUACGAUGAAAGUCUUAAACUACUCAAUCAUAUGUACACGGAAUCCAUUAUUGCAAGAAAGAGACAUUUCACUAUGGCCAUUCUUUCUGCUGUGGUUGGCGGUCUUCUAGGAUGGCCAUUUUCCCUGGCACUGAUCAUUCCUUUCGGCCUCUACGUUGCAUUCACACUGAUAUCCAGAAAAUCUUGCUCCCAGCUGCUCACUUUUGGUGCGCUAGGGUUUGCAGCAAUCUUAUUCAUCUCUAUCACCAUUUUGCAAAUUGAUACUUUGUUUUAUAGAGAAACAAGUUUUGUGCCAUUGAACAUCGUGCUGUACAAUGUGCUAUAUUCGGAUGAGAAGACAGGACCCAACAUAUUUGGAACCGAGCCGUUGACUUACUACAUCUACAACCUCCUGCUCAACUUCAAUUUCGUGUUGCCUUUGGCCGUAUUGGGAAUUCUGUCUCCAGUCGCAUUUGAGAAAUUCAACUUGAAGCAGAUAAAAACAGUUCAGGCCCCAAUUCUUCUGUGGUGUGCCAUUUUCUUUUCUCAACCUCACAAAGAAGAACGCUUCCUAUACCCAAUCUAUCCUUUGAUCACGCUGUCUGCUUCCUUCUCCAUUUCUCAAAUUAGCCAAAUCUUUGGCAAGACAUACUUCUUCGCUAGAGCCUACACAUUUCUAUGCAAACUGGUCGUGUUCUUGACCAUUUGCUCUGUCUCAAUUCUGCGAAUUGUGUCCUUGGUGUCGAAUUAUAGCUCACCGCUAACGGUUUUCCGAAGCCUGCCUGCAUCAAACUCCAAUGUCACUACAAAUGUGUGCGUUGGCAGAGAAUGGUACCAUUAUCCUUCAUCAUUCUUCUUGCAUCCCAACCAGCGGUUGAGAUUUGUUGAAAGCGGUUUUAGGGGUAUGCUUCCAGGAGACUUUAUAGAGCCAGCAUCCGAUUCUUGGUCUGCUCUUUUCAAUUCCACAUCAGCAAAACCUCAGGGAUUCAACAAUGAAAAUCGGUACAGUCCAGAUUCAGUUAUUCCAUUCAGCCAAUGCGAUUACUACGUUGACCUGGAUAUGCCUGUCAACCCCGAAAUGGGUGAGGUUCAAGUGUUCGACAAGGCAAAGACGGUAGGGGACUGGGAGCUUCUCGUAUGUGAAAAGUUCAUCGACACGGAAAACAGUCAUGGUGUCGACAAAAUCCUUUAUGUCCCGGCUAAGGAGAUCUCUCUUUUGACUGAAUGGUUGGAGUCCUUGUACACGAGUGCUCAGGAUAAUCCUCUCGUGCAAAAUUCUUUGUCAUGGGUGCAAAAGAGAUAUAAUCUCAUCAACAGAUUACUUGAGGCCAAAUACGAAACCCUGAAGACGCACCCAUACGCACAGAAAAUUGCCAAUCACCAACAGAUUAUCCUCCUACAGACGCUAGGAGGGCAACUAAAGGAUUCAGUUAUCGAUAAAGUCUCACAAUUACAAAUACCGCAGCCUGCGAUCGAGUUUUUCACAAACGGACAGCUAAAAUAUCAUCAUCUGUGUCUGGCAAAGCACAAAUAA